GAUAGCCUACUACUGGUGCAUUAGUGCAGUUUCCAAAAGCCUCGCCCCCUGAAACGCACAGAUCGAAGGAAGAGUUGUUUUUGCUUUAAGUUGUUCUUGCACUCUCUCUGCUCAGUAAAAAGCCCGUGAGUUAAGAUGCUGUCUGCUUUUUGAGGAAGACCCUUGUUCGCGCUGAAUGCGCAAAAAAUAGCUUUUUUUUUUAGUUUCUGAAACAUUAAGGAACAGGAUGAGUUUUUUUCAGCUGGAUGAUUUUUUAGCAGGAUGGAUAGGAGGCGCCUGCAGUGUGAUUGUUGGACAUCCACUUGACACAGUGAAGACACGUUUACAAGCAGGAAAAGGCUACAGGAAUGCCUUCCACUGUAUUGUAACCAUCUACAAAAAGGAAACUCUUACUGGCUUUUUCAAAGGUCUGUCCUUCCCACUAGCGAGCAUCACACUGUAUAACUCAAUGGUGUUUGGCUUCUUCAGCAAUGCUCAGAGAUUUAUUAGCAAUCUUCGUUAUGGUGACAGAAGGCACCCAUGCGAUAUGCUUGACCUCACUGUGGCCAGCAUGAUGACAGGUCUGGUUUCAGUGAGCCUGGGGGCCCCAGUGGACCUGGUCAAAAUCAGAUUGCAAAUGCAAACUCAACCCAUCCUUGCACAAAACUUCACACUUGCUGGCAAUGGCACUGUCCCUCUUCGAUCAGUGGGGCUCCAGAAUCAGCGUACAGAGUGUACAGUAUACAGAGGACCUCUUCACUGCAUCAGCAGCAUCCUGCAGACUGAGGGAAUCCAAGGGCUCUACAGAGGAGCAGGAGCCAUGAUACUCCGUGAUGUGCCUGGUUAUGCCCUUUACUUUAUCCCAUACACAGUCUUCUGUGGCUGGAUGAACCCUAACGGUAACAGCUCCCCUCACCCCUGCUCCAUAUGGCUCGCUGGUGGGUUAGCAGGAUCUAUCUCCUGGGUCACUGCAACACCAGCUGAUGUGGUUAAGAGUCGACUACAAGCUGACACAGUGCACCACAGAAAAUAUAAAGGAAUCAUUCAUUGCAUCAUACAAAGUUACAAGACUGAGGGACUACAUGUCUUCUUCCGUGGUGCAUCAGUAAGUGCCAUCAGAGGAUUUCCAAUGAGUGCUACUAUGUUCCUGUGUUACGAAUUGUCUCUCAAGUUUUUCCGGAGCCUGUGAUAAGUGUCCAAAAUUCCACCUAACACAGCAACUGACUUUUUUACCGUGGAACAUUUUUAAUGUUGAGAGUUUUGGUUCAAGAUCUCGCUGUGUGCCAGUUUUAAGUUUAGUGGACUGCAUGUAGGCUACCUGGUUGUUGAUACUUUACUUUGGUAUCAAUUAUAAUUUUUACUUACUUCUUAUAUUAAGAAAAAUGAAAGAUAUGAAUUACACAUGAUUUUACAAAUCUCAAACUUUUUAUCACAGCAUUUUAAUAUAUGUAUAUUUAAUAUUGCAUUUUGCUUUUGUUGACAUACUUUCUCUAUAAACUUUUAUAAUAUGCUGGAAGAAUUGGAGAGUAGUUAGUGUCUUAAGAUGCUGUAUUUGCGUGAUUUUUUUUUUUUAUUUUAACCAUAUUAUCAGUUUAUUCAUUUAAUACAAAAUGGCAGAUUUCUAACCAGAGAUAUUAAUAUUUUUGAUAUGAUGGUAUGAUGGUAUGAUGGUAUGAUAAUCCUGUAAAAGUAGUAAAUUUAGCAAACUCAAUUACAUAAAAAAGUACAAGUGAACAAGUGACAUUGAUUUAUGUAUGUAUACAGUCAGGUCCGGAAGUAUUUAUGAUUUUGCCUUUAUACACCACGACAAUGGCAUUUGGCAGCUGUUCAACUAGAACUACCACUAUGAAGUGGUAGUAAUGGCUGUAAUUGGCUGAAUGGCUGUAAUUCCUAAAUGGUUAAUGUCAUAUUUUUGUGGAACCUCUUAAAAUAAAGCUGAAAGUCUACACUUUGAUUACAUCUUGAUUGUUUCAUUUCAAAUCCAUUGUGGUGGUGUAUAAAGGCAAAAUCACAAAAACUCCAUCAUUGUCCAAAUACUUCUAAAAUUUAGCUUUAAACAACCCUCUAAAAACCCCACAAACCUAAUAAAGUAAGCUUAUUUUGUAGAAAGUUGGCUCAUUAGCUAACUACUUUAGUUAGCUAGCUAGAUAACAUUACUUCAUCUGAAUGCCAAUGUCUGUGCCAAUGGCUUCCCCACCCCACUGCACAUUAAAUAGCACCUUAAUUUUGGUUUGUUUUUUAGUUUUUGUCAUAUAUGUUAAAAUGAGUCUAACACCAUGGACAUUGAGCUUAUUUAAAUAAUUAAGCAGCAACUUACCUGAGGUAAUUUCACUGAAGUCUGUGUUUAUCCUGCACUGCCCCUCCCCCCUCACACUAUGUUAUGCCUGUGAUUUUUGCAAGUUACUUAAAGCUGAGGAGCCGAAUUACUUUUCUGACCAACAUAUUUGGAAUAAUUAUUUAACAGUUUAAAAUAAAAAAUAAUAAAUGAUGUUUAGUUAAAGUGGUUCUCCCUGCACCAAUAAACUAAAAGCACCAACAGACUUCUUUACUGCACCUUAAAGUGGCAUGACUUGGACUUAUACUUGAAAUCCAUUGUGUAAAGAGCAAAUCUGAAAGGAUCCAACACUGUUUCCUGAGGUACCUGAGCGCUGCUGACCAGCACCUCUUAUCCUUUCUAUCAGUUAGAUACUUAAGACCUUGCAAGGGUUGCUUAAUCACUGAAACUGUUCUCCACAAUGUCACUGAAAACAUCACAAUACUUUAUUCUGACCAAGAGAUUUGUCAGUGUGUCUAGAUAUUGUGAUAGAUCAGAGGUUCUUAAGUACUGAUUUCUCAAAAAUGUAUGUUAAUGGAUUUUUUUGUUUGUUUGUUUGUUUGCUUUGUUUUGUUUUGUUUUGUAAUUAUAAUCACAAUAAUAUAUACUAUUGGAGAGAAUGUAUUAAAAACUGACGUGAUGCAUCUUUCCACCAGGUGGAGGUAUUGUAUCACAUUGUAAUGGUC